UGGUCCUGCCCCCACUAGUAGCACCAUCAAUGCCAAUCCGGAUUCAUUCUCCCUUUGUAACCCUUGGCUUCUACAUGGCGUAGUCUACAUUCUUUGACUGAAAAUCCCUUCACUUUUCCAUCGUUUCACGUGUUUUUGCCGAGAUUUGUAUUCUACCUGGAUAACUAUGGAAAUAAACGUGUCAUCCUUUCACCGAUAACGCCAUAUUACAGAGACAGUUCGUUUGCAGAGUGGAAUCAGAUGCUAUAUUUUAUGUAACAAUUGAGUGAGAGCUUGGACGUCUUCGAUAUCGCAGAAACAACGUUCGUCUCGUUUAGCUAGGAGUGAAGUUAAACAGACGUACCAAAUUUCUGAAAUUGGAAAACAUAACCUAGAUCACCAUGGAUGCGUCUAGGCACUCAAAUGCUGGAACAACAGCCGUGUACUUCUUGGUUUUGUUAUUGGGAUUUGCUGGGGCACAGCAGGCCUUCAGUGUCCAGCCCACGGACACCCAGGUCACCGAGGGGAACACCGCGACCCUCCGCUGCUCCGUCACCAAUAAGGGCGGGACCCUGACCUGGACUAAGGACGGCGCGCCGGUCAGCGUGGAAGGGGCCAUCAUCGACACCACCAACACGCGGUACUCCAUCCAAGGGGACGGAGUCUCGACCUACGACCUGCAGAUUACCGAGGCGGUGUUGGCUGACUCAGGGGACUUCCAGUGUCUGGUCACGGCGGACGGUGUCGGGUCUGGCGAGAUUCUAUCCGACGUGGCAACGUUGACCGUACUCGAGGUCCAAGGCUUCAUUAGAGUUCCCGGUGAUACCAGUGUUGCUGCCGAAACAACUGCCACCUUGGAGUGCCAAGUCGACAACAAAGAGGGCUUCCUCUAUUGGCUGCAAAACGGCGAGAUUAUCAGCAACGACACAGUUUUAACCAAUGGCAACGCUCGUUACUCCAUCAGCGGUGACCAAUCGGCGGGCGAGUAUAAUCUUGUGAUUGUCUCUACACAAGACGGCACCGACGAAGGAUCAUACCAGUGCGUUGUGACGGCCGCGGGUACCAGCGCGAGGAUUGAAUCACGAGUCGCCUCACUGUCAAUACAAGGUACGGGCCAGCGGCUGACAAUUGUGCCGUCCAACGCCGUCUUCGUCGAGGGCACCACAGCCCUGAUGAGGUGCAAAGUGGUCGACAAGGCGGGCACACUGUCCUGGCUGCAAAACAGCCAGGCAAUAAGCUACGACCGGGAACUUGGACUGGCCAACACUAGAUAUUCCAUCGUUGGCGAUGAGGCUGCAGGGGAGUACAACCUUCAGAUCGAGGACGUGACUUCAGUUGACACGGGCACCUACCACUGCAUCGUCAGUGCAGCCAGCGGUGCUGGGAACGAGGCCAUUUCCUCUAGCGGAGCUACGCUCUCAGUCACCGCCGCCACCGCACCUGACGACGGAUACCCUCUCUGCAGUAUGGUACCCUCCACCGACCUGAUGGAGGGCGACAACGUCACAAUCUCCUGUACUUCACGGGGAGGCGAGCCCCAGCCUAAGCUGGCCUGGCUCCUGGACAACCUGGAGUUCGAUGGCAACUACGUGGCGCUGGACCUGAAUGCGCGCAACGACGUGAGCUUCCGGCUGAUCAACAACAUGAUCGGCGUGGUCUUCGAGUGUCUGUCCAGCCAUCCGGCCUACACCACCACGCAGAAGUGCCAGUUGCCCCCGCUGGCUUUUGAGCUUACACCCACCAUCCAAGUCUCUUUGGACACGCUGACAUUGGAGAUUAAGGAGGACGAGACAGGGUCGGUGGAGUGCUCGGCCACCGGCGAUCCCGCCGUGCUAGGAUACGGUUGGUCCUACAACGGUGUCCAGAUCGCCGAUACCGACGAGCGCUUCCUGAUCACUGAGGAUGGAUCGUCCAAAUCCACGCUUACCAUCACCUCGGCGUCGCUUAGCAUGGACGAGGCGGUGGUCUCCUGUGAGGCUAGGAACAGGAUUGAUACUGAGAGCGUCUACGCGGUCGUUAGAAUCAUAGAGGACGACCUGUACCAGAUAGUCCUUGCCGUCUUAGCGUUGAUCGCCCUCUUUGUCUUCGCUCUGAUCAUCGUACCGAUCAUUGCUUACUACUGCUACCGCCGUCACAAGAAACGAACACAAGUUGCUCCCAUUGAAAACGGUCCAACGACAAUCAGCGGCACGAAGGUCACCUCCAACUACUUCAUCACGGAGGAGACAAUCCCCAACGGUCAUGUUAGAAAGAACAGCCGCAGCUCUAGUAAGCCCAGAGUCCUGGACCACGAGACCAAACACGUCGACAGCCCGGACGAGGGUAGCUACGGCAGCCCUACGCCGCUGCCAGAUCUGACCGGUCGAGGCCGGUACCCGCAGCCCAUCCGCAGCCAGACCCCGGAGGGGUUUAUGAUGGACUCCAUGGAUUCGGCUCGCGGCGGGAAGGUGGGCUCCUACGACGUGGAGGCCGCACGGGCACGCAACGAGGCCGAGAUGCAAGGCAGCGGCAAGACGCCGCUACCGUCCUCGUCGCGUCGGAGCUCCGUGUCCCGCAGCGGCCCUGCCCCGCUCAACAACAAAGUCUCGCUGUCGCCCGGCGAGUACAUGGUCAGGGACGAAUACGAGAGGAAACUGAGGGAGCUGGAGUCAAUGAAGAAGAGCUUGACAGACUCUGGAAUGAUACAGGAUGACGCCAAGUCGAGGAAGUCCAAGGACGGUGGAGAGAGGAGGAAACACAAACAUAAGAAAAGAGAUAAAGAGAAAGACGAGAAAGAAAGAGACGGCCAUAAGAAAUCCAAGUCAAAAGAGCACAGGGAGCACCGCGACAAGAAGGACAAGAAAGAACGUAAGGAGAAACGGGAGAAAAGGGACAGGAAGAAGGAUUCGUCGAGAUGAAACAAACACGUCAUCCCUAAUAUCCACCAAUGAGCGCUGCGUUCUGCUCCAACGUCACUGACCACUGUCCAAUCGAAUGACUGCCAGGAUGCAGCUGAUGCUUUGAUCAAGGACCCAGCUAGGGUCCAGAUAUAAAAAGAAGAUGCACUUUUAUCAAGUACUCUGAGAAAUUACUCAGACAGUAAUCGACGGUCCUGCUCUGGUAUAACCAGUACCGUUGGGGGAAGAGUUUGUACAAAACGAGUGACGAUAACACUGCAACUCACCUGUAACCAUAGCGGAGAACAGUGUAAAAAAUAACAGUAGUAAAUUUGGUUUGAUUAAUGAAGCGUGAAAGCAAUCAUGCCCAGGAGGACUUACAUUAUGCAUGUUUAAUCGUCAAGAAUUGCCAUUUUCAGUUCGACAUGUGAUUGUGUAAAUCAUAAAGAGGAAUUGGUUUUUGUCGGGGAGAUGCUGUUGUCACGGUUUUCAACUGAGUCACGUUUGUUUUUUUUAAAUUCUGAAAUUGUCAUUUGGGCAUAGCCUAUUCUUACUUGGGCAGUCGAACUGAGUGAAGAUGCUUGCUUCUGUAGAUCACUACAGCUGUGACAAAACCACGGCUUUUGGUAAAAAAAGGAGUUACUGGGAAAAAGCCCCGAAGAGCCGCAGCGGAGACGAAGAUUUGGAAAUUCCUCUCGUGUUUGUGGCGUCACUCCGUGACUACGUGAGCUGACCACCUAAUGAGGCUAAUACAUGUACAUUGUAUUUUAAACAAUGGAGUCAUAUCGUAGGGUUAUGACCCAAUUAAUAAUCUUCACUCUCUCCUUCAAACGACAUAUUAGGCCUAUACAUGUAAAUGUUCACACGUCUGUACUGGGACAUGGUAACACCUUUCCAGAUUCAGGGUUAUUCUCAGCGAAGUGUGUGUCACUAACUAUUGUAUACAUUUUCGGUUUUUGUUGUGUUGGGAGUGGGGUUACUGGGGUUACUGUGCACGACUGUUAAAUCGUCAUCUUCGCCGCAGUGAGAUCAACUCUUUUGAGAAAAGUACUCCAAGUUACGGGAGUUAACACGGAAGUCAUAUAACGGGAAGAACAUAAAACAUUUCAUCGUCAUUAACGGAUAUGAUAGCGCCUUUGCUUUGUCGUCAGGAAACUUCCAAUAUUUUCGGUUCGUUGCCGUGGGUUUAUCUGUAAUGUGUCACUUUGUGCAUGAAUGUUGGGAGUACUGUUUUGAAACAAAUUUUUAAAUAAUGCCUUGUAAACAUGUAUAUGAGAUUAAAUAUUUGUACAUUUUUUUGUAUAAAACUUUGAAUAAAACACCAUCGUUAUUCAAUAAA